AUGUCUGCUCGGACAAGCGAGAGGGUGUUCAAGAUUGAGUUGCAAGACGGCGAACCUUUCCACUCAGAUCUCAUCGGCGCCUCUAAAGAGCAAUGUCAGAAUUGGGCCCUAGAGAAGUGGUUCCAAGCUAAAGUCAAAUCCAUCGAACCGAAUUUCAUCGCUAUUGCAGACGACCGAAGCGCUCGAGACGGGACUCUACUUAUGAGCUUCUACUGCCCCAAAAUUAGCCAGGAAGAGCCUACUUUCGAAUUUGACGGAUGGGGACCUCUCCUCCCAGAGGCCAACACCUGGUACAACUUCAGAAUUGAUCAUCGUGCAGCUGAUGAGAUCCAUGGAGCUCUGAUGUGGGCCACACGGGAUACUGCCUAUCCGACCUAUUUUGGACUCCCAGAAAACUUUGCGGAUGAGUCUGGCAUCUUUGAUGUAUUCAAAGCGAUUCCCUAUGUUAAUGUUGAAGAAAGUGACGAGGAUGUAUAG